GUCGAGCCAACCCAUGGCCCAGUUGUAUGCCAUUCUCACAACUCUUGGUAUUGCGACCGGUGGAGGCGUGAUCACAGGCUGGCUUCUUACGAUACGGAGCAUGCGACGACUAGAGAAUUUGACUUGGUACGAAGACAGCGAAUACUUUGAAAAUGCCGUGGACUCGGAAGGACUCACUCACGUCCCGAAUGAACCCGAAGCAGCUAAUCGAAACCAAAGCAUUCAGAUGAAAACUCGGUCAGAUAAUCAUAAAGUUAUCACUGUCUACUGAGGUUCUCUUUAUUGCGAGACAAUGAGAGCAUGUAGGCGAGGUUUUCUUUGCUCGAAGCCAAGCAGAAGAAGAGAGAGAAACUUAGCUCGAGAUACGCACUUUUCUUUUGCACGAUGUUUCCUAUAUUCAAGCGCAAAGAAAACUGGAAAAAAAAAAUAGCCGCUGACUUUUGCCUAUACGUGUGCAAUGGUUAAAACCGAGGUUCAAUUUUUCAGUGUUUUAUGGUUCGAAUGAAAAUACAAUUUUCUUGAGAACA